GCCACUGGGCGGCUGCAGGAGUCCAUCUCAACUUCUGGAAGUUCUGCGCAGUUCGGAUCCAAAGGUUUCCUUUCCAGGUGAUUCCAGACCCAGUUCAUCCAGGGUCCUGCUGGGCUGGGUUCUGUCUGUCUGCAGCGGCAGGAGGCCGGAGGGGAGCCAUGCUGUGUCUGCGCCCGGAGGGCCGGGAGGAGGAGGAGGAGGAGGCCCAGGCUGGGCAGCGGGACUCCGGCUUCAGCGGCCUGGAUGACAGCCUGACCAGCCUCCAGUGGCUGCAGGAGUUCUCCAUCCUGGGAGCUCCAGGGCCGCAGCCCGUCCAGCAGCAGCUGGGACCCGAGGGGCCGGCCUCCCCUCUGGCCGCGGACCCCGCCUCCUCCAUGGGGGCGCCCUUGACCCCGGGGAAGCCCACCGCGGCGGCAUUCAGCAGGAUGCAGACCCUGCCGGGGCUGGUGGCGCACGGCCACUGCCCUGCGGAGGUGGACUACCGGAGCGACCCGCGCGUCAAGCCGCCAUAUUCCUACGCCACGCUGAUCUGCAUGGCCAUGCAGGCCAGCAAGCAGAGCAAGAUCACCCUGUCCUGCAUCUAUCAGUGGAUCACUGACAACUUCUGCUACUACAGGCACGCGGACCCCACCUGGCAGAACUCCAUCCGCCACAACCUGUCCCUCAACAAGUGCUUCAUCAAGGUGCCGCGGAACAAGGACGAACCGGGGAAGGGCGGCUUCUGGAAGAUCGACCCCCAGUACACCGAACGCCUUCUGAGCGGCGCCUACAAGAAGAGGAGGAUGCCUCCGGUCCAGAUCAACCCUGCCCUGCAGACCCGGCUGGGACUCAGCCUGCCGGCUCCAUCUGCAGGGACUCCUGCGGGUCUGAACGUGUCUGCAGAGUCCAAGCGGUUCCUCCGGGAGUUUGAAGAGGAGACCCAGCAGCACCAGAACAGGGACCCCCGUCUGUCUGAGGGGACCAUGCUGGGCUCCUGGCCCGGCACCGGGGAGAGGAACGGCUACAAGAGGAAGCUGGGGUCCAGGAACGGCGCCUCCAAGGCGUCCCGCCGGUCCAGCUCUCCGCUGUUCUGCGUGGACGAACCGAGGGAGGCCGGACCCCUGAAAGGACCCUUCGACUGGGACGGCCUGCUGGACUCGGCCCUCAGAGGGGAGCUGAGUCUGGAUGGAGGGGACCCUCUGAGCCCCGUCAUGAAAGAAGAGGGCCCAGCAGAGAGGGGGGGGCAGAGAGGAGCCGCUCCGCAGAGCAGCGAUGCUUCAGACUUUGACGAGGAGACGCUCCUGGCUACGGCCUUCCUGGAGACCCCCUGGCCGGAGGACGAGGAUCAGGGCUGCGGGGACUUCCUGAACUGCUCCAACCUGGAGCAGCUGUUUGACCUGGGGGACUCCUUAGAGGUGGGGGCCAGCAGCCGGAUGGAGCCCCUGCUCUGAUGUUGACUUCAGGUUCCCUUUGAUACCAGAAGCCUGCAGGGAAACGUCUGUUUAGACCCUCCUUUAGAUGACUAGAUGUUUGAUGGACCUCCAUGCCUUCAUCAAGCCCAGACAUUUCUGAGCAGAAACUGUGAUGAAUCGACUUCUGGCUUCAGAUGCUGGACGCACCGAGCAGGAGGCGGCCAUUAAGGACUAGAGCAUAGAAAUGUAGUGAGCGUAGAGAUCCUCUGAUGUUUGUACGACUGUUCAUGAGUUUAGGUACCAACCUGAGGCGGUUCUCCUCCAGUUGGACCUGGUGGAGCCUUCAGAUCCACCUUCAGGCUUAUUUUAUCUUUCUUCAUUUACAGUUUUUUAUAAUGUGCUCAAAAUGUCCAAUA